GACUAGGUGAUGGAUGGGGAAGAGGAUGAGUUGAAAGAGAUCAUGCACUUCAUUCUAGUGACACUGAACUAUGUGCAUAUCCUCACACCUCGACUUCACGUUUAACUGUUUGGGAAUCGUGACUUUUGUUUUCAGACUAUUAUUUUUCUUGGAUAUAAAUGACUGAUUGCCAAAUGGUUUCCUCGGAUUUUACUGAAGAUGAGAAGAUGGAGAUCGAGAACAUCAAGACGUACAAGGACGACAUCCUGGAGGACAUACAGAAGCUGAAGCUGGAGAUAGACAACGUAAUGGCGGAAAUCCUCAGCUUUGAGUCUGCGGAGGAAAACAAGACAUUAGAGAGGAGUAAACAGUUCUCUAAUGGGAAGAAGAAAUUCAACAUGGACCCCAAAAAGGGCAUCAGUUACCUGGGGGAGAAUAAGCUCCUGAAUGGAAGUGCUCCGUCCAUCGCCGAGUUCCUCUACAAGGAGGAGGGACUCAACAAGACGGCCAUUGGAGAGUUCCUCGGAGAAAGGGAGGAGCUCCACCUCCAGACCCUGAAGGCCUUUGUGGAGCUGCACGAGUUCUCCGACCUCAACCUGGUCCAGGCCCUGAGACAGUUUCUGUGGAGCUUCCGUCUGCCCGGUGAAGCCCAGAAGAUCGACCGCAUGAUGGAGGCCUUCGCCACACGCUACUGUGACUGCAACACUCACGUCUUCCAGUCGACUGACACGUGCUACAUCCUGUCUUUUGCCAUAAUCAUGCUGAACACCAGCCUCCACAACCCCAACGUGAAGGACAAGACCACGCUGGAGCGGUUCAUCUCCAUGAACAGAGGCAUCAACAACGGCGAGGAUCUACCCAACGAUCUGCUCUCGAAACUGUACGAGAGCAUUCGCAACGAACCCUUCAAAAUCCCAGAGGAUGAUGGGAAUGAUCUGACGCACACUUUCUUCAACCCCGACAGAGAAGGCUGGCUUCUUAAACUCGGAGGCCGAGUGAAGACGUGGAAGAGGCGAUGGUUCAUCCUGACUGACAACUGCCUCUACUACUUUGAGUUCACCACAGAUAAAGAGCCCAGAGGCAUCAUCCCUCUGGAGAACCUCUGCGUGAGAGAAGUGCCGUACCCUCGCAAACCGUAUUGUCUGGAGCUGUACAACCCCAACAGUCGAGGGCAGAAGAUCAAGGCGUGUAAAACGGAGACCGACGGCAGGGUGGUGGAGGGAAAACACCAGUCCUACACCAUCUGUGCUGCCAACGCCGAGGAGAGGGACUCCUGGAUCGAGGCCAUCAGAGCAAGCAUCACCAAAGAUCCGUUCUACGACUUGGUGUCCGUCCGUAAGAAGAAGGUGAUAAACCAAGCGCCUCAUGACUGAACCGUCCCCGCUGCCCCCCGUGGACGCCUGUUGAACUACACCAGAGCGGGAAUCCGAUAAACACAAUUGAACACGACUGAGCGACAAAGGCUGGAGGCCGGAGACACCGAGAGCCACUGACAGAGGUCUGACUUGGGCUAAAAGAGGGACUUCUCUUUUUAACAGACUGUGGUUGUCAGUGUCAACGGUGAAAAGCGAUGACUCGUUCGUGCUACUCUCAUCAUCAGCAUCAUCAAGACAAGCCACGAAGAAAUUGUCGACAAUACGGUGUGAGAAUCCAGACUUUGCUGGUACAUUUUAUAUAUAUUUGUAUAGAUUUUACAUAUCUGUUUUACAUCAUUUUUAAUGUGGGGCUGUGUAUUUACUGCACUUUUCAAAAAUAUCCCCUGCCAUUGGACGGUUGUUUGUCGGCUCCAUGGGGUUAGGUUUAUCUUGGACCAUGAAGACAAAUCAAGUACUCUCAAUAUUUCACUGAAUCUUGCGCACUGCAAUAAGUGCAAUAUGUAUCAUGUCUGAUUUAUUAUAAAUGCAAUUUGUACUGUACACUGUGAUAUUUUAAUGAAAUCCUGUCAUGGUAGUCAUUGUUACUACUGCACGACCCACCUUAAAGUGUGCAUCGUUGUAAUACUUGCACUUGUUUAUGUUCUCAUGAAAUGAUUAUUUGAUUUAAAAAAUAAAGUAUUCUGCUGUCUGUU